CCGUGUCCUUCCGGGCGCCGCCCCGGCCGAUGCUCCGCCGGCGCCAUCGUGGAGCGGAGCGGAGCGGCGGGCGCGCUCCGUGCCGGCCCCCCCGGGGGCAGGCGGCGCCGGGCCCCGCCGCCCCCCGCCCGCAGCCCGACCCGGACCCCGACGGCCCCCGGGACCCGGCCCCGGAGCGGCGCCGCGGCCGCGCGCGGUAGCGAUGCAGCGGGCUGCCGUGUCGUUUGAGGACGUGGCCGUCUACUUCUCCCCCGAGGAGUGGGUAGAGCUGGCGGGAUGGCAGCGGGAGCUGUACCAGGAGGUGAUGAUGGACAAUUAUGACCUGGUGGCCUGCCUGGAGCGGGGCUGCGGCUGGCCAGCCGUCCACCCUGGGCUUGCCGGGUCCGUCCCCUGCGUGCGAGGAGCAGGAAGCCGCUCCAGGCUCCGUUGCCCCCGGGUCCAAGCUGGUCCACAAAAUGGAGCGGGAGGAGGAGUCGUGCGGCGGGGUGCCCCGAGGCGAGCGGGACAGAGGAGCCCCCAACACCUCGGCCGUCGCCGGCUGGGACGUGACCGCUGAAGAGCACCUGUCUGAGGACGACCGCCAGCGACACUGGGCCCCGCGUGCAUCUCCAGGCGGGGGGCCGGAGGGGCUGGCGAUGAAGUACCCCAAGCUCUGCCCCGGCUGGUGUGAGGCAAAGCCCGGGGCCUGGGCAGGCGCCGCUCCCCGGGAGCUCCCGGGCUGGGGCCGGAGGGAGCAGCCCUUGGAUGUGCCGGAGGCAGGGAGCGGAGGGCUCCUCAUCUGCGGCACCUGCGGGCAGAGCUUCGAGGACCAGGCCACCCUGCGCGUGCACCAGCGCGAGCACCUGCGCCCGGCGCCCUCCUACGAGUGCACAGCCUGCGGGAAGGUUUUCCGCCACCACCGCAACCUCCUCACGCACAAGAAACACCGCGGCAGGAGCCGGCACGCUUGCGCCGAGUGCGGCAGGACCUUCUGCCUGAAAGGGGACCUGCUGCGGCACCGGGCCGGCCACGCGGGCGAGGGCGGCUACGUCUGUCCCCUCUGCGGCGAGACCUUCCGCCACAAGCGCAACCUGCAAGCGCACAGGAAGGGGCACGCGGGGGACGCGCUGCACAAGUGCCCCGAGUGCGGGAAGCGCUUCGAGGACGAGGCCGGCCUGAGCCGGCACCGGGCCGCGCACUGCGAGGAGCGGCCCUUCGUCUGCGGGCGCUGCGACCGCAGCUUCAGCUGGAAGGAGAGCCUGAUGAUCCACCAGCGCAGUCACACCCAGGAGCGCUCCCACAAGUGCCCCGACUGCGGCCGCAGCUUCAGCCGCAGCGGGAACCUCCUGAUGCACCAGCGCGUGCACACGGGCGAGCGCCCCUUCGCCUGCGCCCAGUGCGACAAGGCCUUUUGCAACAAGGCCAAUCUCAUCACGCACAAGAAGCUCCACCGGCGCUUCAAGUCCUUUGCCUGCUCCGAGUGCCAGCUGGGCUUCAGCUCCAAGAGCAAGCUGCUCCUGCACCAGCAAGCGCACGGAGAGGGGGACGAGGUCCCGGUGACGUUUGAGGACGUGGCCGUCUCUUUCUCCCCGGAGGAGUGGGCAGAGCUGGCAGAGUGGCAGCAGGACCUUUACUGGGAUGUGAUGAGGGAGAAUUACGAGCUGGUCGCCUCGCUGGGAGCAGACCAGGAGACACCGGGCCCCCACCCGGAUCUCCUGUCCCAGCUGGGGCGAGGGGAAGAGCUGCGCAUUGAGGAUCUCUGGGGGAAGCUGCACGUGGGGAAUCUCUGGGGAGAGCGGGCUGGAGGCCUGGACACCCCCAGCACGGGCGCCGGCGUCGCAGGCCCCAAACCCGCGCUGGCGUCUAGACUGGAGCGAGGGGAAGAACGGCACGCCGGGGACGGCCAGGGCGAGCCGCUCCUCUGCAGCUCUUGUGGGAAGAGGAGGAACGGAGGAGCGCUGAGCACCUCCCGCACGGCCAGGGAUCCGCUGCACGAGCUGCUCCUGAUGGCCAGCCACUUGUUCGUGCUGUGGGACCGGCGCGCCGAGCGGUUCACGGCCUUCCGGGCCUUCCCGAGGUGUCGGCGGGCACUGAACUGGGAAGACGACGAUGACACCUUGGUGGCGGACUGGGAAGAGAUGAUGAGUGCUGCCAUCGCUGCCCAGUCACCGUGCGUUGCCCGGCGCUUCUGGAGCAAGAGGACCAGCGCAGCGUGGAGGGACCGCGUCGUGCUGCAGCCCUGGGACGGCCAGGAGUGGCUGCAGAACUUCCACAGGAGGAAGCAGACGUUCCUGGAGCUCCGUGAGGAGCUCGCCAGCCCUCCGCCGCCGGAGCACGCAGUUCGGGGAGCCGAUCCCUGCUCAGAAGCGGGUGGCCAUUGCUCUCUGGAAGCUGGCCGCCCCGGGCCGCUACCGCUCUGUGGCCAGCGAGUUUGGUGUGGGCGAGUCGACGGCGGGGGUGGCGGUGAUGGAGGUCUGUGAUGCGGUCCCGAAGGUGCUUUACCCGCCUGUUGUGGCCGUGAAGAACAUUCCUGAAGUCAGGGCUGCCUUUCAAAAAACGGGUUUCCCAAACUGUGCAGGGGCCAUCGAUGCAACACACGUCCCCAUAGUUUGUCCUCCGGAAGGAGCCGGUGAAUAUGCAACCUGCAACGGGUGUUACUCCCUGGUCCUGCAGGGCUUGGUGGACCGGGGCAGGUUCACGAAUACCAACGUAGGAAGCGCUGGCAAGGUCCACGAUGCCAAAGUGCUGACAAGGUCAGGCUUACACAUGCUUGGACAAGCGGGAAUGUUAUUCCCCCGCAAUGACAUUGUUAUCAACGGCGUGUCGGUGCCCACGGUUAUUCUGGGGGACCCUGCCUAUCCCCUCCUGCCGUGGCUGGUGACACCUUACCAUGGCCACAAGAGCCCCGGGAAGCGGAAAUUCAACGCAACGCUGAGCAGUUGCAGGGUGCUCGUGGAGCACGCCUUGGCAGGCUGAAGGCACGGUGGUGCUGCCUGCAGAACCGGCUGGACGCCAGCGUGGCGAAUGCCGUCCGCGCGAUCGUGGCCUGCUGCACCCUGCACAUCAUCUGCGAGGCGAAGGGCGAGUAUUUCUGCACAGAGUGGUCCCAGGACACGGAUGGUUUGCUCAGCCGAGAGCGUGCCCAUCAACACAAGCACGUGCUCCCGAGAGGCGCGGGAGAUCAGGGGUGCUGUUCGUGCCCAUAUCCUGGCCGCCCAGGAGGACCCAAAGGAGCGAGUCGUCCUGGGGCAUGCAUUUCUUUCUCGACUUUGGUUUACUGUGGGACCUGCUGUAUUCACUUUCUAAACUCCUUUGUAUGCUGUUUAGUUUGAAAUAACGUGUAGUGCCUGGGAGGAGGGGACUGCUCAGAUUUUUGGGGAUUAUUGUCACCCGGGUUGAGUUUCUGGCCUGGAGGGGCCAGUGGCAUUUCUCUUGAGUUCUGCAUAACGCUGUUCUGCCUGUCACCAGGGUGAGCGUUAGACGCUGUUUGCGCAUUUGAAGUCAUGGGGCGUUGUGUCAUUUAAUUUUCACUGACUUGUGUUUUCUGAAAGCUUAACAAAACCUUCUUUGCAGAAA